AUGGGCGACCUGUUCAGGGAGCGCACGGAGCGGCUGCUGGCCGACUACCUGGAGUACUGCGCCAGGGAGCCGGGCACCCCGGGGCUGCCGCCGUCCUCGCUGGAGGCGGCCGCGCUGCGCCUCGCAGCCACCAAGAUUCGGCAGAAGCACGCGUCUUUCUUCUCGGCCUACGUGGGCUACCCGGGGAACCGCGUCUCCCUGAUGGAGCGGAUGGCGGAGGCCGUGCUCUCCGACAGCCUCAGCUGGGGCCGCGUGGUGAUGCUCCUGACCUUCGCGGGGACGCUUCUAGAGAGAGGGCCGCGGGUGACCGCCUGGUGGAGGAAGUGGGACCUCAAGCCGCAGCUGAAGGAGGGGGAUCCCGAAGUCGCCCGGGACUGCCAGCGCCUGGUGGCCCUGCUGAGCGCUUGGCUCGCGGGGCAGCACCGCGCCUGGCUGCAGGCGCAAGGUGGCUGGGUGAGCGCGUCGCUGCGCGGGGACUUCGGAUUUGGGGUGCGGGGUGGGGGGCGAGGUCCCUCGAAAGAAGCAAGGCUCCUUUUAGCGGGACUGGGACGCUGGGUGUGAAGUCCAAGUUUCUCAGACUGGCAGGGAUCGGCCUUGUGAACCCAUUCGGAGGCAGCUGCGCCUGACUUGGGUCCGCAUGGUCCGACCUUGCUCUCGCCUUGGUCCGCCCUCGGGGGGCUCUCAGGAAGCGCCCACCUUAGGUCUGGAUGCUUUGCCCGUGUAGACAUCCCCGACUAGGACAGUGAGCAGCGGGGGGCCCGGGCCACGUGGGGUUUGUCCUCCGCCUAUCAAAUGCACGUCUGGAGAUACUCAGACCCUCUGAUCGAACACAGCCCUUAUCAGGAGGAGCCCAGGCCACCGGGGCUGGAAUGUGCGUGGUCGCCAGUUGGCGCUGACUGGUUAAGGUUAAGGUCUCAAGAAGAGUUAAGGAAUCUUAGGCCAGUGUUUUAAGUCAUGACAAGUACUCAGAAGUGUUAGGACAAGGACACAGAUGGCUCUUCUUUGAGCGGGGAAAUCAGAGUCCUAAAGGCUCAUGGCUCCAAAGAAUUGCAGAAGAAACUGCAUCCCAUUAAAUGGGAAUAUGGUGCUAUUUGCUUAACUCUUUUUGAGACAAAGUCCAAGUUGGUCAUGAAUUCCUGAGCUCAAGCUUCUGCCUCUCUAGUGGUUUGGGAUUGCAGGCGGGCACCAGAUCACCCGGCUGGUUCCUUAACUCCUAAUCCACUGUACCCAGCCCUCAGUAGGGACAUAUGCCUCUUGGGUUCUCACUAGGCCCCCUGUUUCUUUCUUCUCCUUAUUGGAGUUGAAUCAAUGCUGAAGUGACUCGUGUUAUGGGAUAAAUAUAGCCAAAUUAUUAAAACCAGGGAUAUAAAAGAUAAUUUAGCCUCCUGUUGGCAGUUUCCAUUUAGGCAUCUUAUAGUGGCUAAUUGGGUUCCAUUUGAGGGCAAAAGGUAGCAUGACGUGUUAGCAUUAACUCCGGCACCAUUCCCGGUGUUGGUCUUCCACCUUCUGCAUCCAUCCUUGAUCUACCUCAGCUGAGUUCUAAGAACCUCACCUGAGCCGUUUGUCUCAACAGGUAUCUACACCUAAAGAGAAAAUGGGGGAUGGAGGGCAUUGUUUUUUUUUUCUUUUUUUUUUGACCGCAUUUUUUUGGCUAAUCAGCACUGACUAAAGAUUAGUCUCUUAAUGUCAAGAAGCCAAAAUUCUCAAAUUGGAUACACAGGAUUUCCCCGCACCUCUGCCAGCUGCAGUUAAAAUACCACAGCCUGGAGUUCCACUCCCUUCCUACAUGGAGCCGCUUGCUCCAUUCUCAGGUGAUAACUUUUCAAUCUAGUGCUUUGACAGUUUCCCUAAUGGCACCUUUUUCUCAGAAACCAUGAGAUAGUAGUCCACCUUCCUCUUGGUUUGGAAUCAAAAUGAGCGUUCCUGCUCUAAGUGACAAAGCUAAAUGGCUGCUUCUGUCCACCUCCCUGGACUACUUCCUACGAAUCCUAAAUCCUCAAGGGUUCCCAAUUAGAGGAAUUCUGCCUAUUGGUCAGAAUUUCAUUUCCUCUUACUCUCUGAAUCGAAGUUGUUCUACUGUUUAAAGUGGAAACUUCUGUGUAUUUGGAGCAUCACGAAGCAAUAUAAUUCUUUUCUCUCUCUCCCAUGUAGGAUGGC